AUGACAGAAACUACAAUUUUACCUGUUGGAUAUAGGUUUCGUCCAACAGAAGAAGAACUUUUAGUUCACUAUCUCAAUAACAAGCAUUUGAGAAAUGAUGCCGAGAUCAAGAACACUGUUUCCCAAAUUGAUCUUUAUAACUUUGAUCCUUGGGAUUUGCCAGAACAAUCGAAGGUGAAAUGGGAUGAUCAAGAAUGGUUUUUCUUCAAUGAAUUGAAACACAUAAAAAACAAGCGGUGUAACGGAAAAACUAACGCCGGUUAUUGGAAGAUCACCGGAAAAGAGCGGAUCGUCAAAAGAACAGGGAUAGACAAUAGCAACGUCGUGUUGAGCCGUGUAAUAAAGAAUGUUGAGAAAAGGGAAAAGAAGGUUAAGAGAAAAGCAAGCAACAUAAUCGAAGAGGAAGUAACAUGUGAAGAAGAUGAACCAUGCAGCGAAAUUACUGGCUAUGUUACCGAAGCAACUACAGAAGAUGCAAUAAUUCCUGAUGCAUGUGUUUCAUCCGAACCGCAAGCACCUCAAGAUGUUGACUAUGAAAUUCUUUCGUCGGAACAACAAUCUUCGGUGGCCCAUUCCGGUAAUGGAAGCAACAAUUCUCCGUUGCUUCCAUUUGAAGGUAUGUGGAAGCAAGAUGUCGAGAUGAACACGGAAUGUUUUUGA